GCUCAAAAGAGGUUGACUUUUCAAGCCCGAGUUUGCAAAAACAUUCAAUGGGACACCUGAAGUAGCGCGGUGUAAAAUCAUUAGCGAUGUGUUUCCGACGAUUUUAUUCCAACAUGAAAUUGAGAUGUUUGCGUCCGGAGGACGAUGAAAAUGUUGAAUUGGUGAAUCGUGUUUCGCUCCAUGACCGAGACAAUGGCUCUGUCCCGGCUGGCCCUUCCACAGGUACCAUUCACCCCCAGCAGGGCUAUGCGAUCGAUGGGCUUAGGAAUCGAUUCAAACUAACGUACAACAUACAGCUACCUUCCGAGCAUGCCUAUCUUGGAAAGCUGGAACGGGUCGAAUGUUUGGAACGGUUCGAACCGGGUUCGAUACACCGAAUUCCGGUCAGCAGUCACCACUCGAUAGUUUACCCGGGCGAAACGAUUCCUCUUAUCCUCACAAACUCUCUGCUUGAUUUCGACGGUCGGUACGAGAGUAGCCGAAUUGGGCUGGUAUUCUGGGAGCAUUCGCGCCAGAAGCGGAUCCUCGGCGUCGUUUGUCAGGUGUGUGAAAAAGACGUGCGGGAAUCGGUGAUCGUGUUGAAGACGAUAGCCCAGCAGCGGUUCGAACUGGUUCCCCAACGGGAUGGCGCUUUGACGAGAUCGGUCCAACGCGAUGGCCGGGCCCAUUAUUACGCAGAGGUUAAAAUACUCCCGGAGGUGCUUCUUCCCGAUCCUUUAGCAAGCUUCUGCACGAGUAAUAUGGUGAAAAUAAAUAACAUCGCAAAGAACCGUCUGCUGGCAGCCCAGUCCAGCGUCUGGCCGAAGUUCGUUUACGACCAGUACGGGUCCAAUGAGGUACUGUACAAGGUGAGACGUUUCCUAGAGUUUCUCCAGAUAGAAUCCGUUCCGACGGCUGAUCCCGUGAUGCUGUCGUUCUGGUUGGCACGUAACAUUCCCCUCAGUGAGACCGAUCGGAAGGAACUGUUUUUCUCGAAUUCGGUGCUAUCGCGGAUGCUACUGGUGAACAACAUUCUGGAUUAUACAUGUGCAUUUUGCUGCAAGAAAUGUGAUCGCCGCAUUGCAAACUAUGUGGAUAUGUUCGCUAUGUCCAAGCAGGGCGUCAGCAGCAGCUAUUGCAACCCGUCUGGUUUUAUACACGAGACGCUAACGGUGUAUCGGGUGGUGCCAAAAACGGCUCGUACCACUACCAAGCCAUCGACGGAUUUCAGCUGGUUCCCCGGGUAUUCUUGGCAGAUCGCGGUGUGCAACGCGUGCAACAAUCACAUCGGUUGGAAGUUUGCCGCAACCAAACGUAACUACAAGCCGAAGAAGUUCUACGGCCUCUGCGGCAAGAGCAUUCGGGUUGCCUCCGAUCGGAAGGUGGACGACGUUGAUCCUGGCCAACACAGCGGCGGCGGUGGCGGCGCUAAUCCUAUCUCGAAUCUAAGACUAACGAAAACCUAGAUGCAUUUUUAGGCAUUGUCUAUUGCGGUUAGAAAAAAUUCAGAUUGGCUGCAGAGCGGAUACCAAAUCAGAGAACUCAACGAGAGAAACGACAGACUGGCUAACAACAAACAAUUGAGAUCUAUCCCCACAAAUGUUUAGGAAUUAUUCUUCAUCUACUAUGAUUAAUAUUUAAUGUGUGUUGUUUAAUGAAAGUAAACAUCUUAUUAAACAAAAUAUUGAAUAAACACUAUCGUCAA